CAGGAAUAAAAACCCUGGCUGACAGCCAGGUGAGCACAGAUACUCAGCAGCACCAUAUCUGGGCAAACGAGAGCCAUUACCAGGCGUUAUUUGAUCAGGCUUCAGAUACUUCAGGAUGAGGCUUUACCUGCUCAUAGCCUAUGUCCUGAUGGCUGUCUCUGCUUUCACAACCACCCCGAGCCCGAAUGAAGAAUGGGAAGCCUGGAAGACCAUGUACGGGAAGGCAUACAGUAGUAAGAAAAUAGAGUCUCUCAGGCAACAAAUAUGGCUCAACAACCAGAAGAAAAUCCAGGACCACAAUGACAAGCAAGAAAAUUCAACUUUCACAAUGGUCAUGAAUAGUUUCGGUGAUUUGACAGAAAAGGAGUUUGCAGAAUCAUCGCACACUUAUCCCAGUCAAGAGAUGCCAGUGAAUAACCAAACCGGAGAGGCACAAGCGAGGACAAAGUCACGGAAUGCCGGUCGCCUCCCAUUGAGUGUGGACUGGCGCAAGGCUGGCUAUGUUACCCAACCAAAGUACCAGGGUCAAUGUGGCAGCUGCUGGGCCUUCACCGCGACUGGUGUGCUCGAGGGGCAGCUCUUUAAGAAGACAGGCAAGCUGAUCCACUUGAGUGAGCAGAACCUGGUCGACUGCGCAAAGCAUGACGAAGCCUUCGGUUGCAGUGGUGGCUGGCCUUUGAGUGCCUUUAAAUAUAUCAAGAAGAACGGUGGAAUCGAAGCUUCAUCAACCUACCCCUACACGGCCAAAGACAAUGCAUCUUGCAAAUACUCAGAAUCGAAGAGUGUGACUUCCAUCAAAGAAUACAAGUUACUUCCCUAUGGUGAUGAAGAGGAGCUGACCAGAGCAGUGGCCGAGGUUGGGCCCAUAGCGGUGGUGAUUGAUGCAGACUUGAAAUCCUGGCAGUUUUACAACGCAGGUGUACAUUUCGAUAGCAAUUGCAGAUCAAACUCCUUUAACCAUGCUGUCCUGGUCGUGGGCUACGGUUCUACAAAUGGAACCGAUUACUACAUUGUUAAAAACAGCUGGGGACAGAGAUGGGGCCAGUCCGGCUACAUCCUGAUGUCCCGGGGAAGGAACAACCACUGUGGAAUUGCAAGCUAUCCCAUAUUUGCUCUGAUCUAAGUGCCCAUGUUUCCGGAGAUUCAAACGUAACAGCUGUGGCAACUUUUAAUACAGCUUUUAUUAUAGAUUGUGAUUGUGAUUGACCUACUUUCAUUGCACAAAAUCGUAGUCGUUUAGUCACAAGAAUGUACAUCAAUAAAACUUCCGAAGGCUG